GUGAAUGUCCAGCAAACGUGUCAAAACGUGUGCAGAAAGAUGUGCAGCUAACGUUAGCCCAACGGUGUUGAUGGUAAUCUGCCUAUAAACACCCGGACUGCCAAACACAGAGAAGUGAAUGAAAAGCAACACGCAGUCAGGACCAUUUUACUUCUACGCCGAACCAUAAGAAAUGAGGAAGUGGAACUGGCGAGAAGGACAGCGACCGCACACGCGACAAGGUGCUGGUCAGCGCCGUGGAUGGCACCGAGGAAACCGACAGCAGUGGUAUGAACGUGAUGAUGCAGGGCCCUCACACAGACCAUCUCAGAGGCAGCAUGCUAACCAGCCUGUCUCACAUUCCUCUUCUUCCUUGUCUUCCUCGUCUUCUUCUAAAGCCAGCAGUGCUGCACCAGAGCUGCCAGGUUUCUAUUUUGACCCAGAGAAAAACCGUUACUUCCGGCUAUUGCCCGGGCACAACAACUGUAACCCACUAACCAGAGAGCAGCUACAACAGAAAGAAAGAGAGAAGGAGAGGAACAAGAUGUUGGCAGAAGAUGAAAAAACGAGAAAAAAAGCACCAAGAAGAGGACUAAACACUUCGCUGCUACUUCAGAAACGACAUCUAGGCGUAUUACCUGAGCACUCCUAUUGCAGACUCGUCCAUGAGGUGAAGGUCAGUGGAAUGAGACGCCACAAACUAGAGAUCCAGAGCACAGACAACAGCAUCUCGAACACCGACAACUUCAGACUCAUAGUGGGGGAUUCGGCGUGUGAGCGAGUGUUCACAGUCAACGAUGUCUCUCAUGGCGGCUGCAAGUAUGGCAUCAUGAACUUCAGCAGCAGCAGCAAGGGGUCUCUGUCUGUGGAAAUGUGCGAUAACCUCUACUUCACUAAUCGGAAGGUCAAUUCCAUCUGCUGGGCUUCAGUAAAUUACCCCGAUUCUCAUGUGUUACUGUGUCUGGUGGGAGUAGCAGACACCCCUGGCUGCGUGAGUUUACUUCCUGCUUCCCUCUUCAGCAACUCCAACCCAGAUCAGCCUGGAAUGCUGUGCAGCUUUAAGAUAUCCUCAGCCUGGUCUUGUGCUUGGUGCCUCAACCCCCAGUUUGACAAGACGUUCAGCACUGGCCUGUCUCGUAGAGUGAUUGUGAAGGAUGCAGAGACAGGCAGAACACAGACGUACAGCGUCGGCAGUGAUGUCCUGGCUCAGCAGUUUGCCCUUAGGGUUCCUGUCCUGUUUAACGGUUGCAGAUCGGGGGAGAUCUUCAGCAUCGACCUCCGACAGCGCGGCCGCAGAGAUCACAGCUGGAAGGCCAGUCGCUUCCAUCAAGAAUCAGCCAUCACCUCUGUACGCGUCCUGCAGGAUGAGAACUACCUGCUGGCUGCUGACAUGCUGGGCCAGAUUAAGCUGUGGGAUGUGCGAGUCACAAAGCCAGUGCAGGAGUACAAAGGUCAUCAUAAUGAGCAUGCCUACCUUCCCAUCCAUGUCAAUGAGUGUGAAGGGCUUUUGCUAGCAGUGGGUCAGGAUUGCUACACAAGGUUAUGGAGCCUUAAGGAUGGUCAUCUAUUGAGGACCAUCCCAUCACCCCACCCGGCCGCAAACGACUUGAUCCCAAGUGUUGUGUUUUCAUCUAACCUGGGUGGCAGCAGGGGCCUCCCGGGGCUGCUCAUGGCUGUCAAACACGACCUCUAUUACUUCCCAUACAACACUGACUACCAGGAAUGAGGAGUGCUGAGGCCAGCUGUAUCACUGUGUAUUUGAGAGAGUGUGGCUGGGUAAAGAUGCUGUGUGACAACCAGUUACACUAAAUUUAGAAUGAAGUGGUGACCUCAAAGAACUACUUUUAAAUUUCAUGGGAGUUGCCUCAUCAUACACAUGAUUGCAUUUUUGUGCCAAAAGGAAAUGGAAGUGCUGCAUUCACAUGUGCACAUCGGUACAGUUUGGUUUUCCUUACUGUUCUUUUUACAGAAGAAGUGCACUUAUUUUAAACACAACUAACCUUGAUUGUUACUGGAAAUAAGGGUGCUGGGAUUGAAAUUUGAAAAUGAUGAUACUGUUUGUUUACUAAAUCAACAUGUUUUAUAGUCUUUGUUGAUUCCCAGUAAAGUUUAUUAAAAACA